UGAGAAGGGAGACGUAGCAUGCCAGGCCGUUCUGGGCUGGAAGCCCGCUGUGCUUUCGCCCCCAGGACUCCAAGAAACCUGCUUCUUUUUUGGUGAAGCGGACCCUGGUCUCCUGUUUCUUUGCUGCAUGCCCGCUCACCAGUGCUGGAUUAUGUUUGUCUCCUUCUCCCUUUGCUCCAUAAUUUGGUUGAAUCGCGGUUUCAAGCUAAGGAAAAGGGGCUGCACCUAAGUGCGCCGGGGCACCCGGACCAGGCUCCUGGGUUGCUGGUUCAUGCAGAGACGUUCAGAGUGCUGAUGGGGGAGAGCUGCCUCUGAGAUCCCUCCUCUCCCACCCAAAACGUGCUGCCUCGCCGUUCAGAGCCCUUCUCCCCGCGGCAGAGAGAAUGGGCAGCACCGAAGGGUUCCAGUACCGAGCGCUCUACCCCUACCGCAAGGAGCGCGAGGAGGACAUUGAUCUGCUGCCUGGGGACAUCUUGGUGGUGAGCAAGGGGGCCCUGCAAGCCUUGGGCUUCAAAGAUGGGGAUGAGCAGACCCCCAAUCAAAUCGGCUGGAUCCUGGGCGUCAACGAGCGGACGAAGCAGAAGGGCGACUUUCCCGGCACGUACGUGGAGUACGUGGGACCUGUGAAGAUCUCCGUCCCUUCUCACCGGCCCCGAGUGCAGAGACCCCUGCCCGCAACCCCGGGGGCCAGCGGCUGCCGGCUGCAGGAGGCUCUGGAGCAAGGGUCUCCUCUCCCGGACUUGCAGGAGCAGUUCAGCCCUCCUGAGAUUGCACCGCCGCUGCUGGUGAAGCUGGUGGAAGCUAUUGAGAAGAAAGGGUUAGACAGCGAGAUGUUGUACAGGACAUCUGGCUCCGAACUGAGGCAAGCGCUGAGAACCGUGUACCUGCCCUCCCCCGUGGUGCCGGCGUCGGUGCAUGGAGAGAUCCUUCGUGUCCUGCAGGAGAUCCCCCAGCCGGAGAAUUGUCGGAAGCAGCUGCUGCUGGCCCUGGAGUCGCCUGCGGUCCCGCUCCAGAACACGCUCACCCUGCAGUUCCUGCUCCGGCACCUGGGGAAGGUAUCACAGCAGGCCGAGAGCAACAGCCUCCACCCUCGGGCCCUGGGAGAGAUCUUCGGCCCCCUUCUCCUCCGGCUGCCUGGCAGCAGCCCAGAGCUGAGCCCUGACUUCUCCGUGCUGUUUUUGGAGAUACUUCUGCAGACGAAGGAGUUGGAGCCAGAACAGUUGCCUCCAGCCUUGCCUCCAAAACCACCUAAGCCAAAGCCCAGUGCAGCCAGCCUGGCCAACGGGAACAGCGUGCCCUUGCAGGACGCCGAGUGGUACUGGGGUGACAUUUCCCGGGAGGAGGUGAACGAGAAGCUACGGGACACGCCGGAUGGUACCUUCUUGGUGCGUGAUGCCUCCAGCAAGAUUCAGGGGGAGUACACGCUCACGCUCAGGAAGGGAGGCAAUAACAAACUGAUCAAGAUCUUUCACCGAGAAGGGAAGUACGGCUUCUCAGAACCCCUGACUUUUGGCUCGGUGGUGGAACUCAUCACCCAUUACCGGCACGAGUCGCUCGCCCAGUACAACGCCAAGCUGGACACCAGGCUGCUUUACCCCAUCUCCAAGUACCAGCAGGACCAAGUGGUGAAAGAGGACAGCGUGGAAGCCGUCGGGGAGCAGCUGAAGGUCUAUCACCAGCAGUACCAGGACAAGAGCUGGGAGUACGACCUGCUGUAUGAGGAGUACACACGCACUUCCCAGGAGCUGCAGAUGAAGAGGACGGCAAUUGAGGCUUUCAACGAGACAAUCAAGAUCUUUGAGGAGCAGUGUCAGACGCAGGAGAAAUGCAGCAAGGAGUACAUCGAGCGCUUCCGACGGGAGGGCAACGAGAAGGAGGUGCAACGGAUCCUCAUGAACUCGGAGAAGCUCAAGUCUCGCAUCACAGAAAUCCACGACAGCAAAAUGAAGCUGGAACAGGACCUGAAGAAACAAGCCUCGGAGAACCGGGAGAUCGACAAGCGCAUGAACAGCCUCAAGCCAGACCUCAUGCAGCUACGCAAACUGCGGGACCAGUAUUUGGUGUGGCUGACGCAGAAAGGUGCCCGACAGAAGAAAAUCAACGAGUGGUUGGGCAUCAAGAACGAGACGGAGGACCAGUACUCCAUGAUGGAUGAUGAGGAGGAGCUGCCCCACCACGAGGAACGAACGUGGUACGUGGGGAAGAUCAACCGCUUGCAGGCAGAAGAGAUGCUGUGCGGCAAGCGGGACGGCACCUUCCUGAUCCGCGAGAGCAGCCAGAAGGGAUGCUACGCCUGCUCCGUGGUGGUGGACGGUGACACCAAGCACUGCGUGAUCUACAAAUACGUGUUUGCUGAACCCUACAACCUCUACGCUUCCCUCAAGGACCUGGUCUUGCACUACAAGCACACGUCCCUGGUGCAGCACAAUGACUCCCUGAAUGUCACGCUGGCUCACCCGGUCCUUUCCCAGCCACCAGCCAGAUGAGCAGCCCAUGCACAACACAACAGCUGCCUUCAGCUUCUCCCCAGGGCGCUGCUUUCUGGCUCUGGACUCUUGCACCCUGUAUAGUCGAGUCUCUGUGCUCCUGCCCCUCCAGAGCCUCUGAGAUGUCUGUGACCGUUCCUGAUGUCCCUUUUGGUCAGUAGCUGGCUGAUGGGACAGAAAGGCUGGGCUGUUGAUUCCCAGUGGGCUCCAGCCUCUGGGAGGUGGGAUCCAGUUGCGAUUGAAUUGCUGGGGGUGAGCACGGCCCCCUCCCCUUCCCCGAUACGCAGGUCAGACCCCCUUCUUGCUGGCAGGUCACCCCGCUACACAUCACUGUAGAGCUAGGUACCCCAUUCCUCGGCAC